UCAGGGAGGCCAUGUUGGAUUAGAGUAUUAUCCAUUACAAUGAACGAACGUGGCUACACAAUGAAGGCAUCAGAAGCUGUACCCUGUCCUCCAGUCAAACCAUUACUUGAUGAACCAGAGAUCAUUACCACCAUAGACACUGGGUAUAACCUAUACAGUGUUACUUGUAUCAAUGAUGAUGAAAUAUGGACACUUGGGUUUGACAAUAGUAUGAAACUUUACAACCUCCAGGGCAAACUACUGAAGUCAAUCCAAACCAAGUCUGGGAAUGAGCCACGUGACAUAGCUGUAACAAGGAGUGGUGAUCUAGUUUAUACCGACCCUAAUACAAGAACUGUAAACAAAGUCAAAAUUACACAGAUACAAGAAAUGAUCAGACUUCAGGGAUGGAAACCUUAUUAUGUCUGUAGUACCUCCUCUGGUGACCUCCUGGUUACCAUGGUCAGUGAUGAUAAACAAUCAAAAGUUGUCUGUUACUCUGGCUCCACAGAAAAACAAACCAUUCAGUUUGAUAGUGAAGGUAAACCUCUGUAUUCCUCUGGUUACGUAUACAGUAAAUACAUCAGUGAGAAUAAAAACAUGGAUAUCUGUGUCGCUGACCUUGGAUCCAGUGCAGUAGUGGUGGUCAAUAGGCAGGAAAACUCCGUUUUAGUUACACUGGUCAUCCCUCUACUACCAAGGGAUCAUUUAAUCCAGUUGACAUCACAACAACAGCCAGAGUAG